UUCCACUCUCACUUCACCAUCUUCUCUCUCUCUCUCUCUAACCUCCAUGGAAACCACCCAAUUCUUCUCCACACUCGACCUAAUCCGCGAGCAUCUUCUCGGCGACGCCACCACCUCCUUCGACGAUCUCUUUACCAGCCUCCCCUCCUCCCCGCAGGCCACCACCACCUCUUCCGAAGACCUCACCAUCUCCGAUUACCUCGAUCAGACCGAUACCAACACCUCACCCACCCCAAAAUACGCCGAGGGUUUCAGAUUUCGCCAGCCUUCUCACAAAAUAAUCCGAUUCGGCGCCGAUCAAUCCGAAAUCGGCCUCACCAUCGAAAUCCCCAGCGCCGCCGCUCCGAAGGUGGAGUGGAUCAACGAACUUUCUCCGCCGGAGCUGUUCGGUUUCAAUCGAUAUCGCGGCGUGCGGCAGCGGCCGUGGGGGAAGUUCGCGGCGGAGAUCCGCGAUCCCAAACGCCGGGGAUCUAGGGUUUGGCUCGGGACUUUUGAUUCUGCGGUGGAGGCUGCGCGGGCAUACGAUCGCGCCGCGUUUCAGAUGCGCGGCAGCAAAGCGAUUCUUAAUUUUCCCAAUGAGGUUGGAAGCUCGGCGGAUUGGGUUCGGCCGGCGAUGGGGGUGGAGAAGAGGGGGAGGGAGGAAGUGGGGGCAGAGAGGGAAGCGAAAAGGAAGAGAGAUGAGGAAUCGGAGAGGUAUAUUCCGUCGGUAGCGCCGUUAACCCCGUCGAUGUGGUCGGUGGCGUGGGAAGGAUCGGAUGUUACGGAGUUCUUCAAUUUGCCGCCGCUCUCGCCUUUAUCUCCUCACCCGUCGUUGGGGAUAACACAGCUUCUGGUUAUUUGAGAUGAUAAAGAGAAAAGAAAGAAGAAUGCUUCCAGCAAAAGCUUGAAGAUUGCAGGAUUUAAAACUUCCUGUAAUAAAUUUGUAGUUUCAGUCUCAAUUUUACUAAUAAGAAGGAAGUUGAUUGAAUUACAUGUUAAUAAUGUGCACAGUUUGGCAAAUGAUUUUUGUGCUCUAUUUUUCUUCUUAAGGUUAGAGGUCAUGUUUGUGUUUGUAUAUAGGGAAAAGUGUCAAAAUACUCCUGAUUAUUUAAAACGUUUUUAGGAGGCGUGCAAUUAUUGGAUUUAAAUUGGAAAAUAGAAAUGAACUGAGGGGCCAUUUGGGGUAACUUAUAGG